CCUUGUUUCCCGAUCUCACAAGUUUCAGACCAGCUCUCCCAGUCCGUAAGGACUAGGAUCACGGCCUUCAAUGAGGACUACCAGCAGCCGGCAGCACCUAAAAGAUGCGCGCAGCCGCGGCGUAUCCCCGAGUGGUUAAUUGCAACAGGUUUAGCCAUCGGCAAGUAA